UUUCUUUUAUUUUCUACGCGUUCAUUUCCUUUUGCUUUCACCACUCCUACCAUUGCCAUUGCCCAUUACUAGCGCCUCUUUCUCUUGUUCUUGCUCUCUUUUCUAACUUUCCUUGGAAAAAAAAAAUAGAAAGAAGAAGAAGAAGAGGAACGAUAUGAGGGAUUUCGAAAGCAGGUUCAAUGCUGCAAUCCAUAGUCCCAUCACAUCCGACCUCUUGACACACGUAUCACACCAAGCAUCGCGCGUCAUUCCUUGCCAUCCUGCACCCGUAACCGCAGCAAAACCAACGACGCAUGUAGACAAUGACGUUUCGUCAGCCACACUUGUUCCCGAAAGCGCUAAUCCACAAGCAUGGCCGCCACCACUACGCACAUUCAUCAGCGUCGUCGUGAAACGAUCGUCCGUCCGCGCGGGAACAUUGUUCGCCACGUUAGUAUUUCUCGAACGGCUGCAGAAAAGGCUCGAGCGCGUGGCACGAGGGAUGCCAUGCACGUGCCAUCGCAUCUUUCUCGCUACACUUAUCGUCACCUCAAAGGCUUUGCACGACGCUUCUCCGAAAAAUAAGCACUGGGCAAAAUACGCAAUGUGGUGCUUUAGUUUAUCUGAAAUCAACUUGAUGGAGAAGCAGCUGUUAUCCAUAUUAAACUAUCGACUAUUGAUAACAUUGGAUGAUCUGCAUCACGUUUACUCUUGUUACGCUUCUUUACGCUUACCAACACCCGUCACGAUCCCGUCGUCGUCUUCGUCGUCUUCAUCGACACUAGCUUCAACAUCUACCACGAAAUUAUCUACGUAUCCACCCUCUUUAUCGUCCUCCAUUGGAACUGCAAGUAAUGAAUCGUUGGAAGAGACCAGCAGCAACAAUGCCAGCACUGCUAGUUUACCCAUAGUACAACCACCUCUUCCGCCUUAUCUGUUACCCAAGAACGAUCAUCAUCAUCAACAGCAGCAAGUCAACAUUUUCGACAAACAUAAUACGAUAUCCCAUCAUCAUCAUCAUCAUCAAGAACAACAACAACAACGUCAUCAUAAUCGAAAACAACAUUAGCAGCAGAAGCAGCAAUUUUUUCUUACAUAUAUCGAUGGAAAAAAAAAAGCUGUAAAAUCUAUUUAACUAACAGUAAUAAAGGA